AUGUCGACCGCCAAAUCACUUCAUGAACUCACUGCCGAGGACAACCAGGGCCAGACCUUCGACUUCUCUCAAUUGAAGGGCAAGGUGGUGCUCAUCGUGAAUGUGGCCUCCAAGUGCGGCUUCACGCCUCAGUACAAGGAGCUGCAGGCCCUCUAUGAGAAGUACAAGGACCAAGGCCUUGAGAUUGUGGGCUUCCCCUGCAACCAGUUCGGCAGCCAGGAACCCGGCUCCGACGCCGAGAUCCAGGAGUUCUGCCAGAAGAACUAUGGCGUCAGCUUCCCGAUCAUGAAGAAGAUUCACGUCAACGGUGACGAAGUCCACCCGGUGUACGCCUUCCUCAAGAGCAGCAAGUCGGGCCUCCUCGGACUCAGUCGCAUCAAGUGGAACUUCGAGAAAUUUCUGGUUGACUCUGAGGGCGUUGUGGAGGAGAGGUAUUCGUCGCUCACCAAGCCUGAGUCACUCGAAUCAACCAUCGAGAAGCUGCUUCACAAGUAA